ACCGACAACCAGUUUGGUGGCCAGCUGAUUGGUGUUUACUCGGAAAACCGCGUCCCCUUUGCAGAAAACUUUGAAUUAGAAAAUAAAAUACACGUCUAGCUAGCCACGGAAAAUGAGCCCUACUUCGCUAUAAAUAAGCAAUCUUUCACUUAUGUCUACUGUAAACAGGUCCUGCCCCCCAGCCUUCUCUGAAGCGGUCCCUGUAGCAGCCUUCACACAACACACGUACACACACCUGGGCCUCUGGACGAGGAUGACAAUGGAAGAGAUGAAGAAUGAAGCGGAGAUGACCUCGAUGGUUUCCAUGACACUCUACACUGUGAUGUACCCCGUCUUCAACGAGUUGGAGAGAGUGAACCUGUCGGCAGCACAGACCCUGAGGGCUGCAUUUAUAAAGGCUGAGAAGGAGAACCCAGGGCUGACCCAGGACAUCAUCAUGAAGAUCCUGGAGAAGAAAAACGUGGAGGUCAACUUCAUCGAGUCACUACUACGCAUGGCUGCAGGCGAUGUGGAAGAGUUCAUGAUUGACAGGCCUGAGCAGGAGUUCCAGGACUUGAAUGACAAGGCCCGGGCACUCAAACACAUCCUCAGCAAGAUCCCGGAUGAAAUCAACGACAGAGUACGCUUCUUACAGACCAUCAAAGAUAUCGCCAGCGCCAUAAAGGAACUCCUGGACACGGUCAACACUGUCUUCCGAAAAUACCAGUACCAGAACCGAAGGGCACUGGAACACCAAAAGAAAGAGUUCGUGAAAUACUCCAAGAGCUUCAGCGACACACUUAAAACUUACUUCAAAGAUGGAAAGGCGAUAAACGUGUUUGUCAGCGCCAACAGGCUCAUCCACCAAACCAACCUAAUACUCCAGACCUUCAAGACCGUGACAUAGACUGGGGUUAACCACACCAACCCAGGCUUUUAUCAGAGGACAGGAAACCCUUUGUACACAUAAUGUUCAGAUUCUGUUUCUGGGACUGUAUCAUUUAUAAAUCAAGAGGGAGAUAAUUUAGAGUUGCAGGUGGCCAGAUCAUAAUUAAAUUGCCAGAGAUUUUUUUUUCUCAUUUUUUUUUCUCACCAGGAUCAUGCUAUCUCCACAGAGCAUGUCAUGCUAUCUCCACAGAGCAUGUCAUGCUAUCUCCACAGAGUAUGUCAUGCUAUCUCCACAGAGUAUCUUAUGUCAUGCUAUCUCCACAGAGUAUCUUAUGUUAAAGAUCCUCUCAUUUCUUUCAUUUGCUCUCUCACUUUGUCCAUGUGGAAUUACCGUGGCCACGGAGCCAUUCCUUAAUGGAUGCUCAAUGGUUCAUACGGGGGAUGGUUUCUGUAUUUUGAAAGUUACAUAUCUUGAAAACUUGAUUGCUGUUGCUAUGUCAACAAGGGACUAAUGAAACCAAAAUAUUUUUUGGGGUGGAGUUGUCCUUUAAACCAGGUGUAAAUACAGGCACUUCUGUUGUUUUUACAUUCUCUACUUGAACAAUGAGACAUGAUGAUGAUGAUUAUGAUGAUGAUGAUUAUGAUGAUGGUGCAAGUUGUAUAUUUAACAGCUGUUUGGUUGCAAAAUGUUAAAAUAAAUAGUUUAAACAUUUUGGAAAGUU